GAUCAAAACAGGUAAGGUUUCAAUAAAAAAGAUGAACUUUCAACAAAAUAGUUGAUUCCUCAUGCAAACAUGAUUAAUUUUCAACCAGUCAUAUUAAGUAUUAACCAAAGAAGAAUAAAGGUUUUCAAACAGAAACGAAUUUUAUCCCAUACAGUUUAAUUUUUUACCCAAUUAUGUGAAUGAAACAAAAUUAAUUUUCAACAAAAUACAUACGAGACGAAUUUUUAGCACAAGAGUGAAAUUCUCGAUAAAAACAGAUAAUUUUUAAACAAAAAAGACGAAUUUUCAAUGAAUAGUUGAAUUCUUAACCGAGGAAGAUUAUUUUUUAACCUUUUGUGUUAUUAACUAAAGAACAUCAAUUGUUUUCCAAAAGAGACGAAUUUUCUCCAAAACAGUUAAUUUUUAACCCAAUAAUGCAAUUUUUCAUCAAAAAGCUAUAAAUUUAAGAAAGCUAUUAAUUAAAAAUGGACCUUUGAAGAUAAGAGAAAGUAUGGGAACGGAGUUAUUAAUUGGAUAAAGUAACUUUAUUUUGCUUAGAAGUAAAAAAUUCUCUUAUAGAAUAAUCAUUUUUUGAACCUUAUAGAAUAAAGAACAAAAAGUUUUAUACGUGUUCGAAGUCGAUUUCAUUGAAAUGGCUACGUUGGAUGGCUAAAUGCCAUCAGUAGGACGCUUGUUUAAUAGGGUACAGAAGUUUCUGUGUGUGUUGUGAAAUGUAUUUAUGUAGUUUCGGAGUGAUAUUAAGAAGAAAUGAGUGAUAAAAAAGUGUAUUUUGGUAGAAAAGGUACGAUAAAGUCGUAUCCAACCCGGCGUCGGAGCAGUGGAACGAAACGACCGUUAAACAGAUAUGAGGCUGAAGGCAAUUAGGAAGGAGUGAGUGCUUCUGCCAACAAACUAAACAUGUCGAAUGAAGAUUUCGACGUUAAUUAUGAUUUCGGCAAUAGAAUUUUGAAUUUUGUGACCGUUUUUUCUGUAAUUUCUCAGCAUGUGAAGUGUAAAACGUGCAAUUCCGAUAUUGCUUUUCAUGAAAGAAGCCCGCCAGGUUUGGGAUUCAAUCGGCCAGGAAGGAGAUUGAAGAAGAGUACUUCAGUGCAUAAGGAAGUCUCUAUGGUGCUGGAAUUGCAGAUUAAUGGUGGAAUUUUGCAUCCUGUGUGCUGCGCACCGCGGAGCUCCAACGGGAAAAGGCACUUCACAGAAAUGGCUCCAGUGCUGCUAUUUUUGAAUAUUUUUUAUUGAGAAUUUGACAUUUUUUGCUCUAAUAUAUGAAUAAAAACUUCCCAAAUUAUUA